AUGUCGGACUACGUGCCCCCAACGAAACCAACAUUAUCUACUUCCAAAAGAACAGCAUGCGACCGCUGUCGAGGCCAGAAACUGCGCUGUCCCCCGCGCGCAAACGAAGCGGAUCCUUGCAAUCGAUGUGUCCGUCAGGGAGCCCAAUGUACCACAAGUUAUACUAGAUCAAUGGGCCGACCAAAGUCCGGCGCCGGAAUCCAGUCAAUUUCACAACCUCCGCUGAUGCCGAGAACUACAAAUCCCGUGUCUACAACCCCCGGGUCUUCCAGCUCUGCUUCAUCGGAGAGCCCUGCCGCAACCCCUUUGCACGAUAUCAACUUGGCUCCCACCCAGUCAGCUAUCUCUGUGAACGAUGCCUAUCCUCUAUCAUUAUCAGUUCCGGAUAUGAUGUUUCUGGAUUCUAUUUCUCACGACGAUAUUGGAGAUCAACAUGGAAUUGCUUACAGUGUCUUCCAAUCCCAAUUUCCCGACUCUACCUACGAGAGCAUAACCCUACCUUUCACUAAUGGCCUGAGCAAGGGCGCACUGCAACGGGAAAAUAGCUAUUUGGAUCGGCAGAUGUCACCGCCGCUCAUAGAGUCUGAUCACCAAGUAUUGCAAUUCAAUCUCAAGCUAGCCAAGCGGCUUCAGCAAUGCCAGUCGUUCUUUAGAAGAAACGACAACCACCGCAAGGAGGGAAGCGCAACGGCGUCUGAACCAUUGAUAGCGGACAAGGACGACAUGCGUGACCAAGAGGCAAAUCCGUUCGGGCGCAUCCUCAGCGAUACUUCAGAAUUCCUUACCAUUAUACAGGCUUACACAUCCCAUCACUGUCAUAAGUUCACGGAGCCGAGAAUGAGGGGCAGAGGUUGCAGCAAUGCAAGCCACGAUUUCGGCACAAGCGUCACUUCUCGGCCUUGUCUGAUUCUUGUCCUCAGUCUCAUUUCUGCGUACUUGCAGUUAGUACUCAUAUACGAAGAAUUGUUCUCGUUCUUGAAUAAGAAGCUUCUGAGCGGUUACACUGGAGCGGCCCUUGAUCUGCAAAUCUUUCCUCAGCUGCAGCUUGCCGGCUUUUCGGUCCAACAAGGGAACCUGCAGAGAAAAAUCUUUAUUCAGACAACCAUCCACCAAUUCGAGAUGAUUGAGAAAGCUCUGGGACUGCCCCCGGACCUCCGCGUCACAAACACGCAGGACGUGUAUAUGGGUUUCCUGGAAGAUGAAAACACAAAGCGCAUAUUAACGGCAAUAAGCGGUGGGAAGCUGUAUCCCCAGGCUUCCGGAGAAUAUGAAGGGUUGCGGGCUCUGACGUCGUUACGAGAGCAUUUGAAGCGCAUUUGGACACUUUCGGAAGCUUAG